AUGUCCACCCACCUUUGCAUUUCGCUGGAAUCUGCACGGUGCAAAGCAACUUGCUACUUCAACAGGCCCGGGCUUGCAGAGAUGCGGGCCAUCGACGCAAAGAUGUAUCUGGUGCUUUUGGUAAGCAGCUGCAAAAGAGGGCCGCCCCUCCUACCUCUGCCACCGGAUUCCAUCGAAGAGCCUGCAGUGAGGGUGCGGACGGACGAUGACCCGAUAGCGCUGGAGUCGUGGAUCCGCAUGCCCUCUGGCAAGUUCCAUUUCGCAGCCUUCGUGAACCAGUUUGCCAGAAACUUGGGCUUGGAUCUCGAAGCCUUUGAUACGCUCGACGGCCAGCGGCUAGUGCACUACCAGUGUGUGGUGAGGUCAGACAGGUGGUCCAUUGCCCAGGAGAUGUUCAUGGCCUGCUUCAACGUGCAGAAGAGGGCCUACCGCCGCCUCAACGGCGGGUCCAUCGCGCCGAGUGUCUGUGCAGAUGCCGAGCCACGCUUCGUGUUCGACGACAAGCUGGCAGCGCUGAGCCAGAACCUCACGCAGGAGGAAGAGACAUCAGCCCAGCAUCACGUGAAGGUGCGCCGCACCUUCCUGGAGGUUGACGAAGACAGCGACAGUGACGAUGAGACGCUUCAGAGACCCAGCCGCCGCGCAAAGACAACUCCCCGGAAUUGGCCCUCGUCGGACUCUGAUGAGUCUGAUGAGGCGUCAGAAGCUCCAUGA